AUGUUUACGAAGAGGGCUCUUGCUGAAGCGGGGUGUUUGCAAAGAUUUUGUUGCUAAUUGCGUAUCAGACGGAAGGCUGCGAAAGGCUGUUAAGUUUGGAGACACCGAGCGGGAAGAGAAGAAGAGGAGAAGGCUGAAGGCGCUCAGUGAGGGGAGAGAUCUGGGGAAGACAACAUCGCACGCAGCCAGCCCGAGGCUCCCCGCCUCCGCUCCCUGCCGGGCUCGCUCGCUCUCUUCCCCCUUCCCCUUGCGCUCCCUUCUCCGGCGACAUCGCGCGCUCCAUCCCUCUUUCUCCUUUCCCUUGCAGACUCCACUCCAGAUCUGUGCUGCUACCUACAAACUUUUUUUCCUUUAUAUUUUUCUUUUUUUUUCCUUCCCUCCUCUCUUUUUCUUUUUGGAGCGGAUUACCCUAAAACCAGCAAACAACUAACUGCUGCUUUUGCGUCUUCUUCAUCCCGCGGGUCCUUUGCCCAUCGGAGAGGCGAUGCCACGAGCGUUUUAACUCCUUUCGGCCGCAACUUGGGAGACAGCUCGAUUCCCUCCUUCCUCCCAUUUUGGGUCUUUUUUUUUAGUUCCUCUUUUUUUUUUUUUUUUAAGACCUGCCCUUUCAGUUUCGCAGCCAAACGCUCUUAGUGCCGGGUGUUUAGAGUUUAAUGAGUGGCAAUGUGUAGCAAAGCGAUCCUAGCACUCCUGAUCUAUGGCAUAAUAAUGCACUGCAGCGUCUACUGCUCACCUGCGGCCGGACUUCAGUACCCGGCGCUCAGGCUGGGGGAUGAAGUCUACGACGAGGACGCAAACACCCUGCAGGACUUCGCCUAUGACCACGAGCCCCUCGGCAUAGCGAAUCCGUCCUCCAUGAUCGGCGAGAUGUACACCUUGUAUUACCCACCGGAAAAGAGGCACGCCGAUGGGAUCUUCAACAAAGCCUACAGGAAACUGCUGGGCCAGUUAUCCGCCAGGAAAUAUUUGCACUCCCUGAUGGCCAAGCGGGUCGGCGGUGCCAGCGGCGGCCUGGGGGACGAGUCGGAACCGCUGACCAAGCGGCACAUAGACGGGAUCUUCACGGACAGCUACAGCCGCUACCGGAAACAAAUGGCUGUCAAGAAAUACUUAGCAGCCGUCCUGGGGAAAAGGGUCAAAGACAUUAAUUUUCACCAUUUGCUACUGUACAUAGAGAAGGAUGCCGUGCUCCCAGGGGAUUAUGAGGAAAAUGAUUUGGGAGGAUUGGUGAAGCAGAUUCUUCCCCCGACCUUCCCGCCUCUCAUCCUCUCUUCGCACUUUUCCGAGCUCUGUUUAACCCACCUGAGUCACCUUUUUGGGUUGUGUUCUUUUGGGGGGGAAAAAAAAAAAAAAAAAGAUUGUGAACGCUCUCUCACUCCUUUGUUCUGUUUUAUGCAAGCUCUUAUUGUACGACUUUAGGAACCCCUGUUGUAGCUACCACUAAAGAAUUAUGCACUACUACGAAAGUUUUUGUUCCUUGUUUAUUGAGUUUGGAGGUAAAAUGUAUUUUUCUACAUUCUGGCUUAUUGCUUAGUAAAAUUUAUUUCAUAAAACAAACUUUUGUCAUAAAAGAAUGUGUAGUGUUCACCUGUGGUCCGGUUUCUAACGAGAUAAACCAUUUUCACCUCAUCUCUCUAUGUACGGACUCCUAUCUUACCUUCCGCCCGAGGGCUGGCCCCGUCCCUCCGCCCGGGCAGGUGGCGAAGGAGGACACGCAGGUACCUGCUUCCUUCCAGCUCACCACACAAACCUUACAGGAGUGUUUCCAAAGAAACAAACCGAGCCCCGCAUUCAAGACGUCGGAAAGCAACACCACCACCACCCCCCCCCCACCUUAAAAAAAAAAAAAAAAAAAAGUGGCAGGUAAAAACCUCCUUCCCGGGCCGGGAAUAGCCGCCGGGGAGGAGGAGCGGGAGGAGCGGGCAGAGCCCGGCGGAGCGGGCAGGCGCUGCCGGCUCUGCUCCGCUCCGCUCCGCCGGGCAGCCUGGGCUGCCCGCGCUGCCGGCACCACUCCGCCGGGCCGCCCGCGCCGCCGGCAGUGCCCGCCCGGGCUGCCGGGGCAGCUCGCGCUGCCUGCCCUGCCGCCGGCGCGGGCUGCGGGGGCGGAGGGACGCGGGGCGCAGUUUGCAGCUUUCGUGCCUUCUCUUCACCUUGUAAAUUGCCACGAGUUCACGGAUGGCUAUUUAGUGGCCCUACGAUGCUGCAACACAUCGGCUUGCGUUUUAGUCGUACUUCUGUUCUUUGGCAAUGGGCUGUGUUUGUGUCGGCUGUGGUAUAAUGACAUAGGGCUCUCUUGACGUUUUAUUUAUGACCUUAUCAGUUAGAGUUCAGUGGCUACUCGCAAGCAUUUUGAAGUUAUCACCUAGGUUAUUAUCCUCUGUAUGGUUUUUGGGUUUGUUUUUUGUCUUUUUUUUUUUUUUUUUUGAAACGCCAACAGCCUUACCAAAAUUUGAGCAGAUUUGAGAUACAGUCAUAGUAGGUAGAUGUUAGUCUUGGAGAACUUAUUUUGUGUGCAAAUGAAUAUAAAAAGAACUUAAAGUAUUAUUACACACAUGAUAUCUAUAACUAGGACUUUGAUAACUGUUAUCUAAAGUGUGUAAAGUUUGUAUUAAUAAAUUUUUGUAAACAAUGCAA